AUGGCGGUGGAUAUUAAAUCCCGGGCGAAGCGUUACGAGAAGCUCGACUUCCUGGGAGAGGGACAGUUCGCCACUGUAUAUAAGGCGAAAGACAAGAAUACUGACAACAUUGUUGCAAUUAAGAAGGCUCCUGUGAUUUCAACAUAGUGCAUUGGUUAUGGUUGCUGUGCAGAGUUUUCUGUUGUCUCCAAAUACAGUAUCCAGAGGCAUUAUUCUGACCUCUUGAUCGCCUUUAGUUAAAAUAAGGAACAGCAAUACAACCUGAUAACUUACCCAGUUGUUGCUGUACAUCUUCUGGUCAUUAUCAAACUGGCUUAAUAUAUUGCUUCUCUCCCACAUCAUAUACGAUUAAGCCUAUCUUGAAUGGCAAUGUGGAAUGCCUUAUGGAAAUCCAGAUUAAGGUUGGUCACAGAUCAGAAGCUAAAGAUGGAAUUAAUAGAACAGCCUUGAGAGAAAUCAAACUAUUACAGGAACUCAGCCAUCCAAAUAUUAUAGGACUUCUUGAUGCCUUUGGUCACAAGUCCAACAUCAGUCUUGUGUUUGACUUUAUGGAGACUGAUUUAGAGGUGAUAAUAAAAGAUACUAGCCUUGUGCUGACUCCUGCAAAUAUAAAAGCAUAUAUGUUAAUGACACUCCAGGGUUUAGAAUAUCUUCAUAUGCAUUGGAUUCUACAUAGGGACAUGAAGCCCAACAACUUAUUAGUAGAUGAUAAAGGAAUCCUCAAACUUGCUGACUUUGGUUUGGCCAAAUCAUUUGGAAGCCCCAAUAGAAUGUAUACACAUCAGGUAGUAACAAGGUGGUACAGAUCACCAGAGUUACUGUUUGGAGCAAGAAUGUAUGGUGUUGGAGUAGACAUGUGGGCUGUGGGUUGUAUAUUGGCUGAGCUGCUGCUUCGGACACCAUUUUUACCUGGCGAUUCAGAUCUAGACCAGCUGACAAAAAUAUUUGAAGCUUUGGGCACGCCGACAGAAGAACUGUGGCCUGGAAUGACGAGUCUUCCAGACUAUGUAUCGUUUAAACGCUUUCCUGGAACUCCAUUGGAACAUAUAUUCAGUGCUGCUGGGGAUGACCUACUUGAAUUAUUACAAGAUCUCUUUACUUUUAAUCCUAGUGCAAGAAUAACAGCUACACAGGCACUGAAGAAGAGGUAUUUUAGUAAUCGUCCAGGACCAACAGCAGGACCCCAACUGCCCCGGCCCAAUUGCUCAACGGAAGCCUUAAAGGAGCAAGAGGUUAAGACAAGCUUCAAGCGUAAGCGAACUGAAAACCUGGAGCAAGGUGGCCUGGCUAAGAGACUAAUUUUCUGACCUUUGUCGUUGAAUGCUGGACAGAAAAGGAACCAAUAUGCAAUAGAAGAUAAUAUACCUGUUACAUAUUGUAACUCAAAAGACUUAGCUGCUGUGUACAAAGUAGAGUAGAUUUAUUACGUCCAAAAGGGUCUUGAUUUGUACUUGUGAAUAAUGAUAUCUCAGUAAUUUUUCCAAUAAAUGAAUAAGAAAUACAUAUAGUGUUAUUGAUUGCUUUUUGUACCAUGGAUCUAUAUAUGUAGUUCAUAUUGGCCUCUGUCAGUUCUAUGUUUCCUUUCAUGCUCUCACCCAUCCUUUCUUGUUGCCGAUUGGCAGGCUGGAGGUUGGGUGAUGUUAGUUUUUAUGCAAGGGAGAGGUUGGUUUUGAGGUUUGUGAAUUUUUGCGUAUUUUUCUUUUCGUGUGGGGGGGAUUUGGGGAUUGAUGCUUUUUUUUCAGCUACUUCUAUGGUUUUUUUUAAUGGCUAUCUGGAGAAGACAAAUCCAAGUUGUAUUACUUUGAUAAUAAAAGAACCUUUGACCUUUGAAAUGUUUUCCCUCAGCUUGUAUAGUAGCUGACUGAAUAAUGGUCACACUGGACCUGCAGUAUCAGAGCUCAAUAAAGGUAAAUAGAGGAUUACAAAUGGCGUGGAAACCCUAGAAGUGCUGUCAUGAAGUUACAGUGUCUGACUUGUCUUUUUUAACAUUAGAAAAGGAUUGUUAAAUCAAGAUCCAUGAUUUAGUUGACAUCUUAUUCCCUGGAGUGUAGGACAGUGAGGGGAGACAAAAUUAUGAGGAGUAUAGAUAGGGUAAAUGCAACCAGGCAUUUUUUACUGAGUUUGGGUGAGAUUAGAACUACGAAUAAUAGGCUCCGGGUGAAAGGCAAGAUAUUUAAAAACAUAAGAUAUAGGAGCAGAAUUAGGCCAUUUGACUCAUGGAGUCUGCUCUGCCAUUUCACCAUGGCUGAUCCAUUUCCCCUUCAGUCCCAAUCUCCUGCCUUCUUCCCUGUAUCCCUUCAUGCCCUGACCAAUCAAGAGCCUAUCAACCUCUGCCUUAAAUAUACAUAAAGGUUUGGCCUCCACAGCUGUCUAGUUUUCCAAGGUAAAAUGUAAAAUUUAUCAUAUUUUCUGAGGACAGGAGGAGGAAAGCAGGCUAAAUGCUUCACCAAGUCUAUGAUGGCUCUCUUAAUGGUCCCCUUCCGUCAUAUUUCCCUGUGACCUGUUCCCGUUCACAUGCCCACCAGCUCCGCACAUUUCAAGUCGUUUAUUGUAAUUACAUAAGUACAAUGAAAAAAAUGUAUUUUUGUCCAUAAAGGGGCAGGAUUCAAGAUAUUGUCUGAGAUACAGAAAAAUAUUUGAUGUUUAUUUGCUGUAAUUCUAUAAACGCAUGGAAGUUGAUGUAGAUUUUUGAGCUAUUCCUGGUUUGAACAUCAUAACAACUAAGCAUGAACUGAGUUGUAGCUUGUAACAGCUUUACGGUAGAAGAGU